AUGGCGUUAUUCCCAGUGAUCCUGUUCCUGGUUACUGCUCUUCUGCUUCUAUCUUUCCCUGUAAAAGGGGAUGAGAAUCAAGAGUUUGCUGCUUUGUCAACCGCCCUACCAGAAGUCCAAAGGGAGAUUGUAAAUAAACACAAUGAGCUAUGGAGAGCAGUCUCUCCAAGUGCCAGUGACAUGCUAAAGAUGGAAUGGAAUGCUGCAGCAGCAAGGAAUGCCCAAGCCUGGGCAGACCAGUGCAAGUAUCAUCACAGCAUAAGCUGUGGUGAGAACCUCUUUAUGUCGAGCGCUCCCUCUCCAUGGUCAUCAGCAAUCCAAAGGUGGUACAACGAGAGCAAAUACUUUACCUUCAAUGAAGGGCCACUGUCACCCAGUGAACCAGUUGGACAUUAUACUCAGCAACACAACUUUAGGAUAGUUCAUGGUUUGCCUUUACUGUCCUGCGUAAGCAUACACUUAGAGAUUACUGUCAAUAAUGCCAAAAGCAAAUCAGUAACUUUCAGUUUUUAUGUAAAAAGACUAAAAGAUGGUAAUAAUGCAGCAAGACGAUAUGCCCCUUACAAGCAAGGAGCCCCUUGUGCCAGUUGCCCUGGCCACUGUGAGGAUGGACUGUGCACCAAUGGUUGUGGUUAUGAAAAUGACUAUACCAACUGUAAGGAUUUGAAAAAAACAAUGACCUGUAAUGAUCCAUUUGUCAACAACCAUUGCCAAGCGUCCUGCAAUUGUGAAGGCAAAAUUUAUUAA